AUGGCUUCCCGCGGGAGAAAGCGGAAGGCUGAGGCAGCGGUGGUCGCGGCGGCGGAUAAGCGAGAGAAAUCGGAUGGCGGUCAGGAGGCGGUGGAGGAGACGGUCGUCGUCAUCGAGCAUUGCACGAGCUGACGCGUUUACGGGCGCAACGCCGCGGCCCUGAGCCAGGCGCUGCGCCAGGUGGCCCCCGAACUUUCAGUGCAGGUGAACCCCGCCAAGCCCCGGAGGGGCAGCUUCGAGGUGAAGCUGCUGCGCCCUGACGGCAGCAGUGCGGAGCUCUGGACUGGGAUUAAGAAGGGGCCUCCACGCAAACUCAAGUUCCCUGAGCCUCAGGAGGUGGUGGAGGAGCUGAAGAAGUACCUUUCAUAG